AUGUGUCUGCUAUGUCAAGAACAAACUAAUAGGAUUGAAAAUGCAUUGAUUUAUCAUCAAGAAAGUAGCUGUUCUAUUAACUCUUUAUUGAAUUUAGAAUGUGCUAAUAUUUCUAUUUCACUUACUGAAUUUACUGAACCCAUGUUUACUAAAUCCAUUGAACCUACUGAACCUACAUUUACUAAAUCUACUAAACUUACAUUUACUGAAUCUGCUGAACCUAUAUUUACUAAAUCCACUGAAUCAACCAAACUUAUUGAAUCUAUCGAAUCUACAGAACCUAAUGAUUGCUUGUUAAAUUCACUGAACUUACUACCUUUUUUAUAUUAG